UGUCUAACAUUUGAUGCAUGGGCAUUGAACGUAAUGGAAGAAAUACAAUCUCAAUCGGAUCAUUAUAGAUCUUCAUCUUCAUCAGUGAGUAGCCCGGCAAGCAGGGUUCCAUCAAGUAACUUCUUCUACCUGCGUAAACCCGGUUCACUCAGACAACCAAUCUCGUUUGAGGAUUCACCUGAAUGGGAUGAUACUGAUAUUGACGUUAGGAUCGAAGAAGGAGGUGACUCUAUUCAUGUUGCUACUGCACCAGUUUCCCCUUCUCUUUCAAAGCUCAACAGUGAGUCCUUGCCAUCCCCGCAUCUACCAGAGGGUGCAGCAGUUCCGCGAAAAGUUGCAGGAGCUUCCGUUGUGUGGAAGGACUUGACUGUUACAAUAAAGGGGAAAAGGAAAUACUCUGAUAAGGUUGUUAAGAGUUCAACUGGCUACGCCUUGCCUGGGACAAUGACAGUAAUCAUGGGUCCAGCUAAAUCAGGGAAAUCUACACUAUUACGGGCUAUUGCAGGAAGGUUGCAUCCUUCGGCUAGGAUUUAUGGUGAAGUGUUUGUGAAUGGAGUAAAAUCAGACAUGCCUUAUGGAUCAUACGGUUACGUGGAGAGAGAAACCACUCUAAUUGGAGCCCUCACUGUGCGAGAAUUUCUAUACUAUUCAGCCCUGCUUCAACUUCCUGGUUUCUUUUGUCAAAGAAAGAAUGUGGUUGAGGAUGCCAUUCAUGCAAUGUCUUUGGGUGAUUAUGCUAAUAAGCUUAUUGGUGGACAUUGCUACAUGAAGGGUCUUGCUAGCGGCGAGAGAAGGCGUGUUAGCAUUGCCAGGGAGCUUGUGAUGAAACCACAUAUCUUAUUUAUAGAUGAGCCCCUUUAUCAUCUUGACAGCGUAUCAGCUCUGUUGAUGAUGGUUACAUUGAAGAAACUUGCAAGCACUGGUUAUACUCUUAUUUUCACCAUCUAUCAGAGUAGCACAGAAGUCUUUGGCCUCUUUGAUCGAAUCUGUCUGCUUUCAAAUGGAAACACACUGUUCUUUGGAGAAACAUUAGCGUGUUUGCAGCACUUCUCAAAUGCUGGAUUUCCUUGCCCUAUCAUGCAAAGUCCUACUGAUCACUUUCUCCGUGCAAUUAAUACAGAUUUUGACAGGAUAAUUGCGAUGUGCAAAAACUGGCAGGAUGACAAUGGGGAGUUUUCUUCUGUGAACAUGGACACUGCUGUUGCUAUACGUACACUUGAAGCAACGUAUAAAUCAUCUGCAGAUGCAGCUGCUGUUGAAACUAUGACUUUGAAACUUAUUGAGAAGGAAGGUCCAGCUCUCAAAAGCAAAGGCAAAGCUAGUAAUGCGACUCGAAUUGCAGUCUUAACAUGGAGAUCAUUAUUAGUUAUGUCAAGGGAGUGGAAAUAUUAUUGGCUUCGACUUAUUCUUUAUACGCUUCUCACACUCUGUAUUGGGACUGUGUUUUCUGGUUUGGGCCAUUCUCUGUCCUCAGUUGUGACUAGAGUUGCAGCAAUAUUUGUAUUUGUAUCAUUCUGCUCCCUUCUAAGCAUUGCUGGCGUGCCUGCACUUUUGAAAGAAAUCAAGAUAUAUGCCUGUGAAGAAUCAAACCGGCACUCUGGUGCAUUAGCCUUUUUACUUGGGCAACUCCUCUCCAGCAUCCCUUUCCUGUUUCUUAUCUCCAUUUCAUCAAGCCUCGUGUUCUAUUUCCUAGUAGGGCUGCGAGAUGAGUUUGGCUUGUUGAUGUACUUUGUGCUGAACUUUUUCAUGUGUCUGUUAGUGAAUGAAGGACUUGUGCUAGUCAUUGCUUCUCUAUGGCAAGAUGCCUUCUGGAGUGUUUUGACCCUGCUGUGCAUACAUGUGGUCAUGAUGCUUUCUGCUGGCUAUUUUAGAAUUCGAAAUGCUUUGCCUGGACCAGUGUGGAUGUAUCCAAUAUCCUAUAUAUCCUUUCACACAUACUCUAUUCAGGGCCUACUGGAGAAUGAGUACCUGGGAACCUUUUUUGCAGUUGGGCAGGUAAGGAGCAUAUCUGGGUUUCAAGCUCUACAAAGUGCGUAUAACAUCUCCCGCGACGGUAAUUCCAAGUGGGAGAAUUUACUGGUUUUGUUUCUCAUGGCAGUUGGUUAUCGUAUUUUCGUGUUUGUUUCAUUACGUUUUUGCGUAGGGCAAAAAACAUCCCUCCUUAAAAGUUUUCCAUGUAAUCGGGAUGCAACAAAUACAAGAUGAGUUACAGUGACUUAAAGCAUGUUCCGUUUGUUCACAUUGUAUAAUUCCUCUUCAUCUAGCUUUGCCUGUCAACACUAGUUUCAUGAACUCAUCUCCAAACAAUGAAGUGAAAAUACCAAGUCACUGAUCUGCCAGCGUCCUGCGAGCAAGAUUCCCGGUGAACGGGGUUUUACAA